AUGUCAGCUCAAAUAGACAGUACCCAAGUCAAUGGUGCUGCACUGCUUGGUCCAGGACAAUCUGCAACAAAUUCACGCACGAAUAUCGGGGAUGAAGGCGCCGAGAACACCGAAGCAAUGGACAAGCGACUCUCCAAUGUCCAACAAUUAGCUCGUCAAUACACACGUGAGUCCAGCAAGGCUGGGUUUUCCGGACAGACCGAGCCCAUAUUUGGAAGUAGUGAUCCAAACUCGCCCUUGAAUCCACUCAGCGAGAAGUUCAACGCACGAGCCUGGGCUCAAAACAUCGCCAAUGUUGCCAAUCGACGGGGCCAGCGUUCUCGUACACUCGGUCUCUGUUUUCAGAACCUGAAUGUGUUUGGGUAUGGCACUCCCACGGACUUUCAAAAGGAUGUUGGCAACAUCUGGCUAGCCUUGCCAGGCAUGGCCCGACGGUUGAUCAAUCACAAGGCCGGGCAGACACGCAUAGAUAUCCUGAGAGGCUUCGACGGGGUACUCCGCCCUGGGGAGAUGUUGGCCGUGCUGGGUCCACCGGGGUCUGGUUGUUCAACAUUCCUCAAGACGAUCUCGGGCGAGACUAAUGGCAUAUACGUCAACGACGGUUCCUAUUUCAACUACGAAGGGCUCUCGCCUCAGGAGAUGCACACACACCACCGAGGCGAUGCCAUUUAUACCGCAGAGGUUGAUGUGCACUUUCCGCAUCUCACAGUUGGAGAGACUCUGACCUUCGCCUCCCGGGCGCGGUGCCAGCGAGAUCUACCAGAGAACCUCAAUCGUAACGAAUACUGUGAUCAUCGCCGAGACGUCGUCAUGGCAAUGUAUGGCAUCAGUCACACCAUCAACACCAAAGUCGGCAAUGAGUUUGAGAGAGGAGUUUCAGGAGGUGAACGAAAGCGCGUGACCAUUGCGGAAGCCACGCUGUCUGGCGCACCGUUCCAGUGCUGGGACAACUCGACCCGUGGCUUGGACUCUGCCAAUGCUAUUGAGUUCUGUAAGACAUUGAGACUUCAGUCAGAGCUGUUCGGGCAGACUUGUGCUGUUUCUAUGUACCAGGCUCCUCAGACCGCCUUUGAUCAGUUCGACAAGACCUUAGUACUCUAUGAGGGCCAUCAAAUCUACUUUGGUCCUGCAUCGAAAGCAAAGGAAUACUUUGUCAAUCUGGGAUAUGAAUGCCCAGAGCGGCAAACCACUCCCGACUUCCUCACCUCCAUGACAUUCCCCGCGGAGCGCAUCCCGCGUAAGGGUUGCAAUCCGCCCAGAACUGCCGAAGACUUCGCCAAGGCCUGGCAAGAGAGCCGCGAAUUCACGGCUCUACAAAUCGAGAUUGACGAGUAUAAGAAACAACACCCUAUCGAUGGCCCGGAUGCAAUCCAGUUUCGAUCGCUGAAGAGGUCUCACCAAGCCCGGGGCCAGCGCCUGAAGUCGCCAUACACCCUCACGUAUAACCAGCAAGUCCAGCUGUGCUUUUGGCGAGGCUACAGGCGCUUCGUUGCGGACCCGGGCCUGACGGUGGGAAUGAUGAUCGCCAACACCGUGAUGGCUCUCAUCUUGUCAUCCUUGUUCUUCAAUCUCAAGUCGGAUACUGAGUCCUUCUACGGCCGUACCGUCGUCUUAUUCAUGGCGAUCCUGUUCAACGCCUUUGCAUCCAUGCUCGAGAUUAUGACACUUUAUGCCCAUCGACCAAUCGUUGAGAAACAGUCUCGCUAUGGCUUCUAUCAUCCCUCUGCGGAGAGCUACGCCUCCGUUUUGGUUGACCUCCCCUUGAAGGUGCUCAACGUCAUCUCCUUCAACUUGGUGUUCUACUUUAUGACCAACCUGCACCGUGCACCUGGACCGUUCUUCUUCUACCUUCUCACUGUUUUUCUAAUUGUCCUGGCCAUGUCCGGAGUCUUCAGAUCCGUUGCUUCAAUCUCCCGAACUGAGCAGCAAGCUAUGGUUCCAGCUUCAAUUAUGAUUCUUGCCUUGAUCAUUUUCACGGGGUUUGUUGUUCCCGUCGAUUACAUGUUGCCUUGGUGUCGGUGGAUCAACUACCUUAAUCCAGUUGGAUACGGGUACGAAUCUCUCAUGGUCAACGAAUUUCAUGGUCGCAACUUCACUUGCUCCUCCUACAUCCCAGACUAUGCCACUCCAGGCUCUCCGAGUGUAGCAUGCGAUGUUGUGGGGGCCCUUCCAGGACAGCUUCAGGUCUCUGGAGAGGCUUAUAUCAAUUCAGCAUACAGCUACUUCCACAGUCAUAAGUGGCGCAACAUCGGGAUUAUCAUCGCAAUGGCAAUUUUCAACCACGUUGUCUACUUUGUCGCCAGCGAGUACAUCUUGGCAAAGAAGUCCAAAGGAGAGGUGCUGGUCUUUCGUAAAGGCUUCGUGCCACGGGUUUCUACGAGGAGCGCAAGCGAUGUGGAAAAGUCGCUGACAGGACCCGUUGCUGUCAUCGACCGAGGCGAGGGCUCUAUCUCGAGCGGCUCAGGUGCUUUCAAGGGUUCCACUAGCAUCUUUCACUGGAACAACGUCUGCUAUGAUCUCAAGAUCAAGGGAAAGUCCAGGCGGAUCCUGAACAAUGUCGAUGGAUGGGUGAAGCCCGGGACCCUCACGGCAUUGAUGGGCGUGUCUGGUGCUGGCAAAACCACGCUUCUGGACUGUUUGGCGGAUCGUCGUGGGGGUGUUGGCGUGAUCACCGGCGAGAUGCUUGUCGAUGGUAAGAUACGAGAUGAGAGCUUCCAGCGCAAGACCGGAUACGCCCAGCAGCAAGAUCUGCAUCUCGAAACUAGCACUGUCCGCGAGGCUCUCAUUUUCUCUGCGCUUCUUCGACAGCCUGCCAAGACGCCGAGAGCAGAUAAGUUGGCUUACGUCGACGAGGUAAUUCGACUCUUGGACAUGCAGGAGUUUGCUGAUGCUGUUGUUGGCAUUCUGGGCGAGGGCCUGAAUGUCGAACAGCGCAAACGCCUCACAAUCGGUGUUGAGCUGGCUGCGAAGCCUCCCCUGCUGCUGUUCGUGGAUGAACCAACCUCUGGCCUGGACUCGCAAUCAAGCUGGGCCAUCCUGGAUCUCUUGGAAAAGCUUUCCAAGGCUGGUCAAUCCAUCUUGUGUACCAUCCAUCAGCCAUCUGCCAUGCUGUUUCAACGGUUCGACCGCCUGCUGCUUCUUGCCGAUGAAGGUCGUACAGUUUACUUUGGUAUGUCUCCUUGUCUGUUCCACACUCGCCUCCUUCGUUCUUUUAGCUCACAAGGUAUGUUCAUCUUAGGCGAUAUUGGAGACAAUUCCAAAACCCUCACCGGCUAUUUUGAGCGGAACGGAGCCCCCGCUUGCCCGACCGGGGCUAAUCCAGCCGAAUGGAUGCUCGAAGCCAUCGGCGCUGCUCCGGGUUCUCACUCUGAAGUGGAUUGGCACGAAACCUGGCGGUCUAGCCCAGAGUAUCAUGCCGUGCAAGACGAGUUGGCCCGGCUGAGGUCCCACGGCAUUGGACGGCCGUCAAUCGACGAGAGGGACGAUCCCGGGUCGUACCGCGAGUUUGCAGCACCGCUCUGGGACCAGUUCGUCGUUGUCACGCAAAGGGUCUUCCAGCAGUCCUGGCGUACCCCUUCCUACAUUUAUUCAAAGCUUGGCGUCAGUAUCGGCUCGGCUCUUUUCGUCGGUCUCGUCUUCCUCAAUGCACCGUUGAGCAUCCAAGGUCUUCGAAACCAGAUGAUCGCGAUCUUCGAGCUCGCUACCAUCUUCGGGCAAUUGGUGAAUCAACAACUCCCGCAGUUCAUCCUCCAGCGCAACUUGUACGAGGUCCGCGAGCGCCCAGCCAAGACCUACUCUUGGAAAGUCUUCAUGCUCAGUCAGAUCAUCUCAGAGAUCCCCUGGUAUACCUUUGCUUCGGUUUUCAUGUUUGUCGUCAUAUAUUUUCCUGUUGGCUUCUUCAAGAAUGCCGAUGCCGCCGGCCAGUCUGCGGAGCGAGGCGGUCUCAUGUGGCUGCUCUUUUGGCAAUUCCUGCUGUACACGUCUACUUUUGCCCAUCUGUGCGUCUCCUUCGCGGCCACGGCCGAUGCGGGCGCCAACGUCGCCAAUAUGCUCUUCAUGAUGGCCUUCUUCUUCUGUGGCGUGCUCGCCCCCGCGAAGGUGAUGCCGGGAUUCUGGAUCUUUCUGUACAGGGUCUCGCCUCUGUCGUACUGGAUCUCAGCCGUCAUGUCGACCGGCAUCGCCAACGUGGAGGUGACCUGCGCCGACAACGAAUGGACGAUGGUGAGCCCUCCUGAUGGCAAGAGCUGCGGCGAGUACAUGGCGGACUACGUCUCGCGGGCUGGGGGCUACUUGAAGGACCCCGAGGCGACGAGCGACUGCAGCUAUUGCAAGAUGAAGGACACCAACGUGUUCCUGGCUGGCAUGGGGUCGGAAUACGGCGAUCGCUGGCGCAACUUUGGGUUGAUGUGGGUGUACAUUGGUGUCAAUAUUGUUGGGGCGAUGCUUCUGUACUGGGUCGCAAGGAUGCCCAAGAAGGGAAACAAGAAGAUGUAA